UGUUAACUUUCAGCGCGCGAUUGAUACAUCUUAGUUGUUUGUUUUUCUACGUUUAAUAUUAUUUUGUUUUUAAAAACAAUCUGCAUGACGGCACAUCAUGUCGAAUCAAGAAAUAAGUCUAAAGUGGAAUGGCUAUCAGAACAAUAUAUUAUACAAUGUGAAGGAAUUAUUUAAGGACGAGGGCUUAUCGGACGUGACUCUAGUCUCAGAUGGCCAAAGCUUUAAAGCUCAUAAAGUUAUUCUUUCUGCGAACAGUACAGUAUUUAGAACUAUAUUUCAGCAAAACCCCCACAAGGAUCCAAUUAUAGUGCUUCAUGACAUCAACACGAACUCUUUACGGACUCUUCUCACGUUUAUGUACAACGGGGAAGUUAAUGUAACCGAAGAAUUUUUGCCAGUUCUCUUAAAAACUGCUGAGACUUUAAGGAUCUGUGGAUUGUCUACAGGAAGCGAAAGUAAUCGUGAAGACGAUAUUCCGAAAAAAGAAGAGAAAUCUACAGCAAGUAUACAAACAAACACUAAAAAGCGUAAAAAGAGUGAACAUGAAGAUAAUAAUAACAAAGUAAAAAGGCCUAUGCAGAUAAAAAAGUCGGAAACAACAAGUAAUGUGUCUAAUUCUGAUAGUAUCAAAACUCAUAAUAUAACACCAAAAAUAGAACCCAUAGAUUCCCCAUUGACAGAUUACUCCGGAGAGAACACAAAUGAUACAGAUAUUGCAGUCCUUGAAGAUAAUCUAGAGAAGAAAUACUCUGCCACUUCGGACACCACUUCCAAUAAAUCACUUACAUCUAACGAGAAUACAAAAAAAUGGAUAAACGAAGUGAGCAGCACUCAGCCAUGCUUAAAUACAAAUUUAGAAAAGGACAAAGAUGAAAAAGAUAUUGAAAUUGAUAAAGAGGUUGAGACCGUGUUGCAGAGUGGGACAAUAGUGGAGUCACUGAAUAUAGCCACGGAAAACAUGGGUUUUGUUAGUAAUGAACAUUUUAAUGAUAAGGAUAAAUCUGGUAUAACAUAUGCAAAUCCAUCAUUCCCGUGCCCAUUUUGCCCCCGAGUAUAUAACAGCUGGGGCUAUAGACGUAGACAUGUUAAGUCACGGCAUAUGACAAAUAGAUUAUCGUGCAAGUGGUGCGUUUCAGUGCUGCCGUCUACUGGCGCGUGGUAUUCCCAUGCGACAAAAACCCACGGGGUUCCCCACGAAGAGGCGAGGAAUUCCCUGGUGGUGAUGGUGGAAGCUCACGCUGUACUGACCCUCAAUGAACCCAGUGUUGCCCAAUUACUGGGACAAGUGGGAAUGGAUGCUAAUGGAGGUGUAAGUGAGAAAAAUAAUUAGUUUCACUGUAGUCGAGGUGACACAUUAAUAUGUUAUUUGUGCAUAGACAUUUGUUAACGUUAACGAGAGUCUCUUGACAAAUUUUAAUAUAAUAUGUGCCAGUAAUUUAUGUGUAGGAUGGGGUAUUUUUAGAAUUACGUAUAUUUGUGUAAUGACAUUUUGGGAUCACAGUUUUGUGGAGACUUUAUGCUUCAUACUGUCCUUUGUAUAGAAUAACAAAUGUGAAUGUGUGUUUGUUUACUUGUCUACCUUUCACGUUGAAAUUGAUAUCUUGAUGAACUUAAUGAUAUGAAUUCUGUGCCUGGAGGCUAGAGAUCGACAAAGACUAUUCUUAACCGCACUUAAACAUUUAAUUCAUAUGGAAGCACAGGCUAAGCUGCGGGCGGAAAGACAGUAGAAUAUAUAAUUAAAAUAUCUUUGCAAAUGUCUGAAACGAUUGGUAUAACCGGCAAUUACUUAUUCUUGCGGUAUUGCGUUUUCUUGUCGAACUUUAUUAAACAAUAUUGUCUUAAUAUUGAAGUAAAAGACUAACAAAAAAGAAUAACAUGAAAUUAUACGUAUUUAAAUUAAAAUAUAACAUAAAUAUAGGAAUAAAAAGAUUAAAAAAAAGCCAAUAAAACUGCCGUCUGUCAUAUUUACAGUUUUAAAAUUAUGAGGAUAUUUUAAUUUGGUAAAAUUCGGCAUGUAAUAAAAAUCAACUGAAGGGGUUUAUUAGAAUUGUGACGUAUGUUUUGGAUGAAUAUUUAUAUACUGUGUGGAAAGCAAUAAUCUUCAUGCAAAGAACUUUUAUUUAUUUAUACUUUAAUAUGUUCACCUCUAUAGGGACUUGAUAUAUUUUUAUAUGAGAUUGGUGAAUUAAUAUUAGUGAAAUAAGUCUGGUCUUUUUUUAAAUGUUAUUAAUUUAAAAAAAUGUUUCAUCAUUUUGGUUAAUAAUUAUAACGUUUUCGAGUUGUCAUUUUGACGAGAGUUGCCAUAAUAAAAUAGUAAUACAUUUGUUGUGUGGUCAUUUGGGAAAUUCAUUCAAAUUUUAUUUAAAAGUAAAUAAUAUUUUAAGUUUAUUCUAAUUUGUAUCUUUAAUUUUGAUCUCACAUAUCGCAAGUCAGAGUAUAGGUUAGGAA